CGCUGUUGUAUCAGUGAUAACCUGUAUUUUUCUGCAAAUUUAUGUGAGGGUGCUCUUAUACUAGCCGUGAUGUAAGCAGCGUCCAGUACAGCCCGCUUGGUUAUUUUCAUUUUUGAUCAGUAUUGCUCAGAUUAAUGUAGAUACACGCUGCAGAAUCAUUAUAGCAGCUUCAGUGUUUUACAUUGAGCCUUCCUGUGCUGCUUCGGGUUUGCUGUGGGCCACAUGGUAAUAAUUAGAAAGAAUUGGAAAAUGUUCACAACCUCAUCAAGCCCACUGAUUGUCAUGUUGACAUAAGAAUGUACACUGGAGUAUCCAGGAUGCAGUGUCAUAAGCCUUUCUCUGUGAAGCUGGAUGGUGAUGACGAUCAGGACUGUCACGGUGCUUCCCUGCUUCUACAGAUUUGGAUGGUCUCGUGCUUCAUGAAAAUGAUAGCAUGUUUGGAAACGCUCCGAGCGUUUCUUCUCCCAUCAUGUCUCACAACUACCCAUAUAGACGCCUGCCGACAGACUCCGAUCUCAGGCCAGUUCCUGGACCUUUCAGCUCUGCAGACCGCCGCCACACUUCAACAGAUAAUGACUUACACAGGCCGCCUCAAGAGUCCUUCUCCUCAUCCUAUCCGUCCUCCUCCAGAAAUCAUUUGAUGCAGGACGGCACUCUAAGUAUCCUGAACAGCUGUGGUCUGGAGCCCAGCGACCUGGCCCUGCUGGCCGAGCUGCCUGAAGACGUUCUUAAUGUUGAGUCCCUGCCUCAAGUCCUCAAACAGAUCAAAGGAAAGAGGGGUACUGUUAAACCUUUCCCUCUCAAUACUCCAUCUUCUUCCUCCUCCUCCACCUCCUCUUCUUCUUCGGCUUAUCCUCGUAGCUCUGCACAUCAGCCCACUCUCAGCCCCUCCACGGGCAGCUGGGAUCAACCCUGCAGCCAGCUGCUCCAGUAUCCAAAGGGCCACUUGACACCUACUCUUCUUUCAUCUGGCCUGGACCGUUGGGGGAAUCCCAGGACCACCAGUUCUGUCAGAGGGGACCCAGAACCACCAUCAUCAUCAUCAUCAUCAUCCUACAGCUACCACAGACCAGAACCCUGGGAGUAUGGUAAGACGGACAGAGACAUCAGUCUAGUUUCCACUCAUGACUGCAACCACAGAUCAGGACUCCCCGGGUAUGGUAAGGCAGACAGAGACAUUGGUUCACUUUCUACUAAUGACUACAGCCACCGAUCAGGACCCACUGAAUAUGGUAAGACAGGCACAGUUUUGUCUCAAGACUCAGCAAGAGGAGACAGCAGAACUCGUCCUUCUCAUUUCUCUCAGCUGAGACCAGCUGAUUGUAGGUCAGUUCCUCCUUCUGAAGAGUUCCUUCUAAAACUUCGUGGGGAGCGCCGUGAUACUGAAUCCUCUCCCAUCAGGAACAGCACACAGCUAGUUGCCUCAAUACCCUCCAAGAAAGAAGCUCUGGACUUCCAUGGUACGACUCCGCCGGUGUACCCGUACUCAUGUUCUCUGUGUGCCAUCACUGUAAUGUCAGAGAGGGUGUGGCUUAAGCAUAUAAACGGUACUCAUCAUGCAGAUGGACAGCUUAGCCUCCUGCAGCGGUUUCCUAACUGGGACUGUCGCUUGGAGACGGUCAGCAGGGCUGACGACCAAUCAGACAAGUGGAAAGACAAAGGACAACCUGACCAGCAGCCUCAGACUGCCAAUCAGAACUCCAAUGUCCAGCCAGCUGGAACUCAGAAGAAGGCUUCAGAGAAAGGUAAAGUGGUGUGUGUGAGGUUUCCCGCUAAUUCUGUGGAUGAGGCAUACCUGAGGAAACUGGCCGAACCGUUUGGAAAGAUCAUCAGGAUCCUCAUGUUUCCGUCUUUAGCAUUUUUGGAGCUGGGCUCCAUUGACCAAGCCAAGGACUUGGUGAAAUUCCACGUUAACUAUCCUCCAGCGGUGAAUGGAGAACAGAUGGAGUUCAUGAUCUCCAGCACCUUUAGCUUCCUCCAGAGUUGUCAGGUGGUCAGUUUCACUCCGGCUCCAUCAGGAGAGUAUGGCCAAUCAGAUCUAAUCAGCAUUGUCAAACGCUUCGGCAGGCCACUCUACACGCUGUUCCUGCCAUCUAUGGCAUUUGUUGAGAUGAAAAAUACUCCUGAUGCUCAAAAGCUGGUGGAUUACUAUUCCUCCAACACUCUGAGGAUCAACAAUGAUGUGAUCAAAGUUUCCUUCUCUGGAGAAUACAAGACCCUCAUGCGGGUCGCUUUGGCCAAUCGAUACGAAGAGGAAACGAGGAGUUCAAGCCGAGGGAAGGAAGGCAAGGCAAUGGAGAGCAAGAAGAAAAAGAACAGUACGGACCAAGUGAAAGACAACAGAGACAGAAGAACCAGAACCAGGUCCAGGUCCAGAGAUAAAUCCUGCAGAGAUAGAAGGACAAGAUCCAAGUCCAGAGAUAAAUCUCACAGAGACAGAAGGACAAGAACCAGGUCCAGGUCCAGAGAUAAAUCUCACAGAGACAGAAGGACAAGAACCAGGUCCAGGUCCAGGUCCAGAGAUAAAUCCCGCCAGGGCGGACGCACAGGUACCAGGUCCAGGUCAAGAGAUAAAUCCAGCAGAGACAAAAGGACAAGAACCAGGUCCACAUCCAGCGAAAAGUCCAGUAGAGACAAAACAACAAGAACCAUUUCCAUGUCCAGAGAAAAGUCCAGCCAAGAGAGUAUGUCCAGGUCCAGUUCUACAGGAAAGUUGGCAAUACCAAAGAAAACGGAGCCACCUGACAAUGAGUUCAGGACCAGCCCUAAUCCAGCUCCUGUCAGAGACCUCAAACCUGAAGCUGAAGAGAGAGAAGAGACUGAGGAGGAAGAAGACUCGUCUGCAGAAGAGAGCGACAUUGAAGGGAUGGAGGUGAUCGGAGAGGAUGGAGAGAAUCUGGAGGAUGAAGAUAUGGAAACACUGGAUGAUGCGGAAAAAGAGGAGGACGGUGAGGUUGAAGACACAAUGGAGGAAACUGCUGAGAGCACAGACUCUCCUGAAGAAGACAAAGAGAAGGAGGUAAAAAAUAGAGAGGCAGAUGAUCAGGAGCAGCAGGAGGAAGAAGUAACAGGGAAGGAGGAGUUUCAGAAAGAAGAACCCUUGAAGGAAGAGCAGGAGGAACCUAAGGAGGAGGAGGAGGAGGUGGUUGAGGUGUGUGGGACAGAGAAACAGGACACUCAGCUGCAGGACGACCAGGAGGAGCCAGAUUUCCCAGUAGACUUAGAGAACUGCAUCACUCUGGAUGAACUGGAAGAAGACCAGUUUGAUGACAAAGAUGAAGCACUCCGAGACAACCGUAAAUCCAGCCGAGUUGUUUACUUCAGGAACCUCCCGUCGUGUUCCUAUCCCGACACCGAGUUCACCAAACUGGUGCAAGAUUUUGGUACAGUGGUGCGCUACUUCCACAAACCUCCGGGUUAUGGUUUCAUUGAGAUGUCGACUUCUUCAGAGGCUCAGAGAGCCGUUAAAGAGCUGACUAUUAAACCAGUGACCUUCUUUGGCUAUAAACUCACCAUCCAGAUGUCCGACAAAUACAGAACACUCCCCAACGGGUGGAAGGUUUCUCUGGACAAAGAAAAGGAGAAGAGGAGUGACUGUAGGAGUCAAGGCAGCAGUAGCGACAGAAAAAGUAGGGACGAGUCCAGCAGGAUGUCUACGAGAAGGAAGGAGUCCCCAAAGACAACUCCAGAGAAACAGUUGUCAUCUAAAAAGGAAAAAAAAAAGUCAGCACCCAAGACGGCCAGUAAAAAAUCUUCAGAAGUUGACAAACACGUAUCAGAAGAAACCUUGAGAACAACACCAGGGAUCAAGUCGGCCACUUCAGGGGAGGAGUCAGUAUCCCGAAAGACUCCGGAGCUGCAGUCGUAUGACACAGCAGGAACGAGCUCCAGAACAACAGCAGAAAAACAAACUGAAGAGAAGGAGGACGCCACUGAAAACGUGUCUGCUACUAUAAAGACUCCAGAAAAUGAGUCAUUGCCAAGUCAAGAAAAUCAGAUGUUAAAUAGAAAAGAGACUGGUGAGGAUGACUCGGCGGCUAAAAAGAAAAAGAAAGACUCAAGUGACGAGAUUCAAGUAAAACAGGAGCUGGAAAGCGCUGAAGCACCAGAAGAUGAAAAGAUGGAGAUCCAGGAGGAGGAAGGCUCAGAGGAGAUGCCUGGACCAGGACCAAAGGAUUCAGAGAGUCAGCAUAAACCACACCCUGCUGGAGAUCCUCCAAAACCACAAACUGAACAGGACUCUGAGGUCCAAACGGAGCAACAGUCUAGACCUGCAGGGGGCACUACAGAGCUGCAAAAACCAACCAAACCUGUUGGAACCGAGUUUGUUCGACCAGUUGUUGGUUACUUCUGUAACUUGUGUCAGCUGAUUUAUGCUGAUGAGGACGAAGCCAAACUGCAGCACUGCAGCAGCCUGGCACACUACAGGAAGUACCAGGAGAAGACGGGCAAAGAUCCGUGGGCGAGCUGAACAUCUGGAGGUGAAGUAAUGAAACCUGAUCAAACACCAGAGACUGAAACAAACGCGUUCAAUGUUUUUUAUUUUAUUUUAUUUUAUUAUUUACCCAGAAAUUUGAGGAAAACGUUACAAUUUUGCGUUUUAUUUCUCUUGCUUUUAAUUGUUUGAGAAUUCGCUUUUCAUAAACAAAGAAAACGAUUUGUAUUUGAGGUAACUGGUUUAUUUUGUAAAACAUUGUCAACAGAAACAUUCAGGCAUAAAACAGUUUGUUCUCGAUUAAAAUGAAAAGAGCCUUACAGAAAUAGUUUGACAGUUUAGUGUUUAGUGUUCAGCGAUCUGAUCAACAAGCUGUUUCCCUGCCUUUCCAGUCUUUAUGUUAAGCUAGGUGCUAAUCGGAGUAGCAUAAGACCAAAAUGUUGAACUAUUCCUGUAAUCCAACACUCACGUGUCCGUCUGCCCAACAUGACUGCAAGAUGAAUGAAUUAUUUUGUUUUUUUUAUAGCAAUCUGUUGAUCAUUUUGCUAUUAAACAUUUAAGAACUUUUUUUAAAGGUUAAAUGCCAAAUAUUCAUUGGUUUCCUUUAGUCUUAAUAUUUUAAAGACAACAGAGCCCUUUCAUUUUAUUGGUGUGUGUAGCAGUAAUAACCUCAAACAACCAAUAUAUCAACCGCUUCUAUGUGGACACAGAAACGUGAGUGUGAGAUUGAGACGAAAGCCUGUUUAAUUUUGCAAUUCAUUUUUCAGCUCUAACAUAGUUCAAAGACUCUUGUUUUCCCACUUGACAAGCGGCAGAGACUAAAACCCUCAACUUGUCACUGUGUCGUCGGUGUUUGACAAAAACAGUUAACUAAAGUAAAGUAAAACUCCUAUGGGGUGAUGAAAUCACCAGUUUUCACGCUGUCAUCUUCUUCCCUUUCUUCUUCUCUGCUUUGGUCUGUUCCUUUUCCAGAUAUUUCUGAAACAACAAAACCUUAGCUUACUUUCAUUUGUCUCAUCAGAUGUAUUCGAAUGCAUUACAGUUUGAUCCUGUUGCAAAGGAAAGGGACGAACCACAGCUGUUUUUUUUUUUUUUCCAGUGUGUCAUAGUGUGGACAGAGCCACGUCUCACCUGCAGCUUGUCGUAGUGCGCCUUGCUGCUGCAGUGUGUCUUCUUAGCCGUCUCUUCAUUGGAGUAAAACAGGAAGCAGACACGGCAGUAAUAACCCAUCUUCACAUGUUCAACACCUGAACAAACACACAACACUAUUAAUGACAAGUGUUUGUUUUCACUAUUUAUUUAAAGAGUGUAUUAAAUAUUGAGUUUUUUGGUUAAAAAUAAUUCACACGUCCUCCUUCUCUUCUUUCUGCAGCUGUGUGAAAUGCUCUGAAUAUUUAAACUUUUGACUGAGUUUGAUGAGGACUUCUGGUGGUGAGUCCAUGCUUAUGAGCAGAGAGUCUGUCAGUAAACUGUAUUAUAUUCUGAGCGAACACAGAAUCAUUCUGUCAAAGAGACAUCCCGUUUUCUCACCGAUCGGGUUGUUGGGGUCAUGGGGGGGCAGCGGCAGAGACGCCACACUGGGUUUGUUUUCAGCCGACGGUGGAGUCUCCAUCUGUCCGUUCUGACUGGUCGAAGUCCCCAUCUCCUCUACCUGCUCCUCCUGUUUCACCUCCUGCAGCACAAAACAGUGUCACUUCACGUUUGGUUGGCAGUAUGUCUGUCUGUCUGAAGCUAUACUAAUGUGCUAAACUAAGAAGAUGAACACUAGAAAACAUUGUAGUUAAAUGUAAAUAAAGUACAGCAAAUGAAGUUGUUUCUUUCCUUGUAAGAAGUUUGUGGCAGCAUCACUGUUCCAGCCUGUCUGCUUUGUGUUUAAAGUGUGUCAAACUCUACAAGUACAGUAAAGCGUAACCUCUACUGGC